AAGAUGGCGUCGAAGAUGUUGGCUUGUUUUGUCCUGUGGGCCUGCAUAGCAAAAGGGAACACUUUUUAUGUCCCUGGCAUGGCUUCGGUCGAGUUCAGUAAAAAGGACAGAGUUGAAGUCAAGGCUGUGAAACUAACAAGCACGAAGACGCAGCUGCCAUAUGAGUACUAUUCCUUGCCAUUUUGUGUUCCAAAAGAGGGAAUUAUAUACAAGACUGAAAAUUUGGGUGAAGUUUUGAGGGGUGAUAGGAUUGUGAAUACACCUUACAAGGUGGAGAUGGCGAUCGAUGUGCCCUGUAUGACUCUUUGUAACCACCCCGACAAAGCUGACCAGCCACUGACCAUCUCCAAGGAAGCUGGUGCUGCCUUUGCCGACAAGAUACGACACGACUAUUACGUUCACUUGAUUGUGGACAACUUGCCAUGUGCCACCAAGUAUAAACUGUUGGAGAGCGAUGAACCACAGUAUGAGCAUGGUUACAAGCUGGGAUUUGUUUCGGGCUCUGAUGUGUUUCUGAAUAAUCAUCUCAGGUUGAUUCUUAAGUAUCAUACAGAGGAUAACAUAAUUUACAAAGUUGUUGGUUUUGAAGUUGCUCCAAAAAGCUAUGACUUGAAAGAGGUCACGGCCAAUAAGGAUGGCAAAUGUACCUACAAAUCUGAUGCAAAAAUAAAACCACAGAAAAUUAAUCUAGAAGGUACGACGGAGAUCCUGUUCACGUAUGAGGUGUACUGGGAACACAGCGACAUGGAGUGGGCGUCACGCUGGGACACCUACCUCCACAUGAGUGACGUGCAGAUCCACUGGUUCUCCAUCAUCAACUCCGUUGUCGUCGUCUUCUUCCUGUCAGGUAUCUUGACGAUGAUAAUGGUUCGAACGUUGCGUAGAGAUAUUGCUAAGUACAACAAGGAUGAUGACAUUGACGAAACCAUCGAGGAGACUGGCUGGAAGCUGGUUCACGGCGAUGUGUUCAGACCACCGAGAUUUUCCAAACUCCUGACAUCACUGAUUGGGGCUGGCAUGCAGAUCCUCUUCAUGGCGGUCAUCACCAUCUUCUUUGCUAUGCUGGGCAUGUUGUCUCCAUCGUCUAGAGGGUCAUUGAUGACAGCGGCCAUCUUUCUCUUCAUGUUCAUGGGCUUGUUUGCGGGUUAUUUUGCUGCAAGACUUUAUCGAACAAUGAAAGGUGUGCAGUGGAAGAAAGCUGCGUUUCAGACUGCCACAGUGUAUCCUGGUUUGAUCUUUGGAAUUACUUUUGUUCUCAAUUUCUUUGUGUGGGGAAAGCAUUCUUCUGGUGCUGUGCCAUUUACAACAAUGUUAGCAUUACUGUGUAUGUGGUUUGGAAUUUCACUUCCACUCGUUUUUAUUGGCUUCUACUUUGGAUUCAGGAAACAGCCUUAUGAACAUCCAGUCCGCACAAAUCAGAUUCCAAGACAAGUUCCAGAACAGACGUGGUACAUGAAUCCAUUCUUGGGAACAAUAAUGGCAGGAAUACUUCCAUUUGGUGCAAUGUUCAUUGAACUGUUUUUCAUCUUUACCGCUAUCUGGGAGAACCAAUUCUAUUACCUGUUUGGAUUCCUCUUUCUCGUGUUCAUCAUUCUUGUUGUGUCCGUGUCACAGAUAGCUAUUGUUAUGGUCUACUUUCAACUAUGUGGAGAGGAUUACCACUGGUGGUGGAGAUCUUUCAUGGUGUCUGGAGGGUCAGCUCUUUACAUCUUCGCGUAUUCUAUAUUCUACUUCAUUACAAAGCUUGAGAUCACCGAGUUCAUCCCAUCUCUACUGUAUCUUGGCUACACGAUGCUCAUUGUGAUCACCUUCUGGAUUCUCACGGGAACAAUCGGCUUUUACGCUGCUUACUGGUUCAUCAGGAAAAUUUACGGUGCUGUCAAGAUCGAUUGAUCAUAGCAUUUUAAAUAAAUAUCUAGCAUAGCAUAUUAAAAAACAAAAAAGGAAUGAAAGACGUAUAAACUAGGUGUUUUCCUUUUAUCCACACUGUGAGGUUGCUUCAGACCUUUGUUUCUUGGCAAAUGUAUUUAGUCGUCGGUCUCAUCUCUUUGCAAUUCUAGACUUGUGAGUGAACUUUACACAUGUUCAGUGCAGGAAUGUGUUUCAUUACAGUACCUGUCUUAAGAUUACAUAUAUAUAUUAGUUUAAAAAAAAAUGUUUUUAAAUCUACCCCCAUAACUAUUUAUUUCCUUUCUAUAUAUUUUUUGGUAUGCCAAAUGUUUGCACAGAAAUUGUUUAUUUGUCAUUUGGUUAGGCACACAAUUGUGAAUACUUUGUCAGCAAAAGAUUUUUAUGUAUUAUAUACAUAUAAAAAUAUAUUGAUUGAUCAGAAAUGGAUUUACAAGCUAAAGGAUUAAGAUCAUGUCAUUCUCCUGAUUAGUGAUGUUUUAUUUAAGGCUCUUAAAAUGUUGGCAGAGUUUUUUUCCUGUGAUAAAAGUUGAAAGGUGUUCAGGUGGUUAUGGCAGUAGAUUUCACAUGUAUAUCGGAGUAAUGGAUCGACAAUACAGACCUUUCAAUUAUGUGAUUAAUGGUGACUGGAGUCACUGGCUUGUACAAAUGUCAAGGUCGUAAUAUGACAAGUUUGUCGUCACACUAACA